GGAGAGAAGAGAGAGAAAGUAGAGGGAGAGGGAGAGAGAGAGUAGAGAGAGAGAGUGAAGAAGAAGGAGAAGAUAAGCGAAGAAGGUGUGAGAUCUUUCAAUCAGCUGGUACAGCGAAAGAUCUCCUUCCAUCGAUUCAGGGUUUGGCUGAAAACUUGCUCCGAAACUGCUGAUCCCGGCGAAUUAUGCUCCGGCGCCGGCGAUGAGAUAAGGUUCUCAUCUCCUGGUAUAUUGGCCGAUUCGACGAGAAGAGAGCACAGAACCCUAUCAUGGACAGGAACAGAGAAGCCAGAAGAGCUACUAUGACAGCUUCUAAUGGCUUGCCUAGACGAAGACACAGGACUAGUCUCCGAGACUCUCCAGAGGAAGACGGACCGGUCGAGCUCGGGGAGACGGCGAGGCUGAGAGAUCGAGGAAGCAGCGGCAAGAAGGACAGGGACCGAGAUCGAGAUCGAGAGCGGGACCGAGACAGAGAUCGGUUCUCGAGGAGCGGGAAGAGGAGGAGAGGCGACAGGCUGAUGCUGAACAGAGAGGACGGAGGCGAGGAGAGCUCGGAGGAGAGUGUGAACGACGAGGACGAGGAGGAUGAGGACGACGGGAGCGGGAGCGGCCACCACGUGAGGAUACUCCCACCGUCCAGCCAGGCGAACUCGCUCUCGUCUUCUUCUGCAGCUGCAGCUUUGAACAACCACGCCCGCCGGAGCUUUCCACCGGCGGCGAAGGUCUUUCGGACGACGCCGUGGAAAGCGGCCGAUGAGAUGAUCGGCGUCUCGGUGCCAAGGAAGGCUCGGUCAGCUUCGACGAAGAGGUCCCACGAGUGGGUUUCAGCCAGUGGUCAUUUGGUCGGCGGCGACCAAAUCCUCGGACAGGCUUCUACCUCGCCUGUGAGGCCGAGUCUCGCAGCUACGACGGCCUCUCCAGUGCGGCCACUUUCGCCUUUUUCUUCGAGUGCUUCGGCUCGAAAGAAGUUGAAGCCGAACGGACCAAAGCAGAGACCUCCAAAGUCGUCCUCAAAGUCGACAUCUUCAGCUCAAGAUGAAAUCGAGAUCGAGAUUGCGGAGGUUUUGUACGGAAUGGGGAGGCAGUCUCAGGGUCCUUCGAAGAAUGAAGCCUUGGGAAGCGAUUUGGUGAAGUUUGACUCGAGAGAAGAGAAUAAUUCCACCGGAGAUGCAAAGUCCCGAAUUUCAUCUCCCAUCUCGAACUCUCAAUCUGGCGCUCCACUGUCAUCAGUUUUGCCCCAAAAUUCCGGUUCAUCUGCCCCUCCUCCCUUGACGGCUAUCGCACCCAAGAGGAAAAAGCCUCGUCCGGUGAAGUACGAGGAUGAAACGCCGCCGAUGUUUCCAGUUAGGAGUAGCCCCAUCUCCUCAACCAAAGCCGAAGUCGACCAGAAGGCCAAGAUCGAAGCCGCCUCACCAAAUAUGGAGAAAGCACUUGGAUUCACAGGGGAAGAAAAUGGAGCUUCUGUUGAUUUGGCCAAAUCUCAACCUGCUCCAGUGUCGUUGGAGAACCAACCAGAGCCGAUGAAGCUGGAAGGCUUCCCGGCACUGGAUUCCAAGCUUUUAACUGAAGAACCGGAGAGCAGAGAUGCAACUACGGCUAAGGAAGAGCCUCCGUCGCCCAAAAAAGAAUCUUCCGGUCUCCAAUUGGAUGAUGACCGUGUGGAUAAGACAGCAACAAAAUCGAACUGUGGAAAUCCAGAGAUUGAGAAACAGCGAGAAGAGAAGUUUCAGAUAGAUCUGAUGGCUCCUCCUCCGUCGAGAUCAUCUCCAGAAAGGGACGGUGAUAUUGAUUUUCCAGCAGUAGAUCCAAAGUCUAUGGUGUCAAAUAUGAGAACUCCCUUGUCGAGAGAUGAUGAGAAGACAACCACCAAGGUUGGAAAGGAAGAAGCAGUAAAUGCAGAAGCUGAGGCGGUGAAAGCGAUGGCUGUGGAUGCUGAAUCGCAUAAGCCCGUCGUUCAUAAGGUGAAGAAUAUUGAUCUCCAGCUCGAUUUAGAGAAGGCUGAUGGAGGAGCGGGCAGUGCAAGUGUUAACAAGCUUAAUCAGCCCGUCCAUAAGCAGCAACAGCAGUCUCUCACUGAGAAAUCUGCUCAAACCCCUAAUUCUUUAACUUUCCCAAUGUCCGUAGCUGGAUGGCCUGGCGGGCUUCCACCCAUGGGCAGAUACAUGGGACCAUUAGGAGGAGUUGUAUCCAUGGAUGGGAGUACCGUUGCUUCUGCUGCAAUCCAGCCACCGCAAUUGCUUUUUAGUCAGCCGCGUCCGAAAAGGUGCGCCACCCAUUGCUACAUUGCUCGGAAUAUUAAUUUUCACCAGCAAUUCACAAGGAUCAAUCCCUUCUGGCCGGCAGCUGCUGGUUCGGCUUCGCUUUAUGGGACCAAGCCCUGCAAUCUCAGUGUGGUUCCAUCCCCUGAGUUGCAUGGAAAUUUAACAUCCGCUAGAAAUAUGAAUGCACUUCCGGAGAAGGGUCAAAAUCUUGCCAUCUUCCCUGGUAAAGAGAAGGCAUCUCAGUCCGCAAAUAGUAUUGAUGCUCCUCAAAGAAAGCAAAUUUUGCUCCAGCAAACUCUGCCUCCUGGAGCACCUAGCAAUAUUCUGCAUGGCCCUGCUUUAUUCUUCCCUCUGAGCCAGCAACAUGCAGCAGCAGCAGCUGCUGCUUCUGUCCGACCUGGACCUGCAAAGUCCCCAAAUGUAGGUGGUGCGGCUUCAGCUGGCGCUUCCACAUCCACCUCAAGUGGCAACUCUGCUGCAGCUGCAGCUACAGCAACAGCAAUGAGCUUCAACUAUCCAAAUAUGCCCGGAGGUGAAACUCAGUACUUGGCGAUUUUGCAGAAUAAUGCAUAUCCAUUUCCUGUGCCCACUCAUGUUGGGGCUGCGCCAGCUUACCGAGGGUCCCAUGCUCAGGCGAUGCCCUUCUUCAAUGGUUCAUUCUACCCUUCUCAAAUGCUUCACCCUUCGCAGCUCCAGCAGCAAUCGCCUGCUCAAUUACCACAGUCGCAACAGGGUCAUCCUAACACUAGCAUUUCCAGUAGUUCAUCAUCGACCCAGAAGCACUUACAAAAUCAGCAGCAGAGACCGCACAGCAGUAAUGGAAACUUGCCCGGCUAUCCUUCUGCUAAAACCCAGCAAGCACAGCAACUGCAGCUGCAGCACAAUCAACAUGCGCCUCAUCAAGUUCGCGCCCUGGAAUCCGAGGGUGGUGAAGAUAGCCCUUCAACAGCUGAUAGUCGAGUCGCGCGUGCUAACAUGAGCAUCUACAGUCAGAAUUUCACUCUGCCCAUAACUACUGGGAACUUUGCUCUGAUGACCCCUGCUCAAUUGGGUGCAGCCAAUGGCACCAGCAGCACUCCCGGAGAGAAGAAGCAGCAGCAGCAGCAGCAGCUGCUUCCACAACAGCAGGGUCCAAAAUCUGGAAUGGAGUCGUUGCCAUCUCAGGCUUUUGCAAUGUCAUUCUCCUCCAUUAAUAGUUCAGCGUCUGCGCAUGGCCUCGACAUAAUCACGCAGAAUCAUGCCAUUCUCCAGAGCAUCCCUGAAGCCAAUAGGCAUAAUUAUCAGAUCAUGGCUGCUGCACAGCAGAAGAAGAAUCACCGGGCUUCUGAUGAAGGUAGGACGGGAGGUAAUGAUGCUUCCAAUGAAGAUGAAAGAAAGCCACUUGCUGGGAAAACUCCGGCGACAAUCGGGCAAUCUAUUGCAUUUUCGCGGCCCGAUCUGGCUGAUACUUCAGUUUCCGCGUUGCCUGGCAGUAAUGUCGUUGAUAGUUCUGCCCGAACCCUAAACCUUGGUUCUGCUGCUGCGCGAACUUCCGGUUCAGUAAUACCGGCUGUUGUGAGCACCCUCAGUGGACCCACUUCCCAGCAGCAACUUCAGCGGAAUCAACAGCAGCAGCAGAUGAUUCAACUCCACAAGCAGCAGCAGUUUGCUGCUGCAGCUGUAGCUGCAGCUCGGAGCAAGUCACCUGUGACUAGCAACGGAAGUGUGUAUGUCGAUCAUCUUCCUCCAUCUUCUGCAGCUGCCUCCAAAUUUCCCAGUUCUCUGUCUUCAUUUUCCCAAAAUCUGAUUCAAACAGGUUCCGCUCAAAGUCAGUCUACCCAAUGGAAGGGUUCAAUUCGUCCAGCUACAUCUCAUGUUCCAUCAUCUCUCACCACCACCUCCACAUCAUCCCUUAAAAAUCUUCCACAACAGCAGGGCCGAACAGCGCAAGGCCAGACACACAUCUCCUUCGCAGCCAACUCCAAAUCCCCUAAUGCCCUACAGGGUCAACAAAUUCCUAAUAGUAGUCAAUCUCCAUCUUCUCCUGUGGUGGUUGGAUCACCAACUACUUCAAUGUCUAAGAGCGCUGGUGGAAGCCCAAGGACUGCUACUUCAUCCUCUACGGGCAACAAAUCUGCGCAAGCUUCCUCAUUGCAAGCACAAGUGAAGAACCCCUCAUCGGUGCCUAGUCGCAAGUCAUCGCCCGUUGGCACGGGGAAUGUACCGUCGAUCUUGGGGAGCUCGCAGGUGACAUCUUCCUCGAGUGGAGGAACCAAACACCCGCAACAGCUUCCAAAGCAGCCAUUGCAGCAGGCACACCAGCUUUUCUUUUCUCAUCCUUAUGUGCAGGUUCAACCUCCUCAUUCGACAAAUUCAACUUCAACAGCCUCUGCUGCCAAUGCCUAUUAUCAUCAGAGAAGACCGCCCGACCAACAGUCCAAAUCCCAGCAACCACAAGGCUCAGCAGCAACUUCCUCAUCGGGCAUGUUGUCGCUUUGUACCCCCAUUACGCUUGCUAAUGCUAGCACUUGUGAUCCUGUAAAAGCUGUUGCUGCGAGUAAUAACAUGAAGGGAGGAGGUGGAUUGCCCACGCAGAGUAUUCUCCAUGCCGCUCAGUUCACUGUCGCACAGCCAUCCGGCAGCCCGCAUCAGCUUGUACCAGCUGGGUUCCAGUAUAUUCAUCCUGUUCCAAAUGCGGUGCAGGUGAAACCAGCCGAACAAAAGCAGCCUGCUGGAAAUUGAUCGUUUGUGCCCCCCUCUGGCAGCGCGGGAAGAAGUGUGAGUUUUCAGAUGGGCUUCUGUUGGGGAAGGAAAGAUGGAGGGAAACAAGAUGGUGCAACCUGGGAUCCACAAUUUUGGAGAUGAGGUUGAACCAGCAGCAAAAGAGGGGGAUGACUGGAUCCCUGUGGGGGGCUGUUCCUGCAAAAUGUUUAUUCGUCCUGGAUCAUUGCCCGCCCCCUUUGUAACUGAUCUGCUGACCCGGGUUGGUUGUGAAUUCUGCUAAUAUGUUGAUUGGUUUAUAAUGGUAGUGA